AACAGCGUUAGGCACCAACCCUCUUAGCAUAUUCCAACACUGUGAAAACACAGGCUGUUUAAAAAGCCUUCUUUCUCAAACAACACCACAAUCAUCUCUCUCCCUCUCCAAGCUUCUGCAGCAACUCUCAACUCUCAUCUUCCAGUUUCUGUUUGUUAGUAAGAAAGAUAUAAACUUGCUGGUGAUUUUGAUGGAGUUGUAGGAUCCCCCUGCAAAUAAUCUUGUAUACUUAUUUGUACUCUUUUCAAAGAUCAAUUUCAGGGCUCCAAAAACUCCAAGGGAAUCUGCUUCUUUUAUAUAAAGAGAGAGAUGGGAGAGAUGUCAAGCUUCCAGUUGGGUGUGAUUGGGGCCCUGUUUCUGUCAGUUGCAUCAUCAGUCUCCAUUGUCAUAUGCAACAAAGCUUUGAUGAGCAAUCUUGGCUUCCCUUUUGCCACAACACUAACAAGCUGGCAUCUGAUGGUAACAUUUUGCACCCUCCAUGCGGCGCAACGGUUCAAUCUGUUUGAGAGUAAACCAAUAGACAUGAAGACGGUGAUGCUCUUUGGCAUCCUUAAUGGUGUCUCCAUUGGUCUUCUCAACUUGAGCCUUGGUUUCAACUCCAUUGGCUUCUAUCAGAUGACCAAGCUUGCAAUCAUACCAUUCACCGUAUUAUUGGAAACCAUCUUCCUAAAGAAGCAAUUCAGCCAAAAGAUAAAGAUGUCACUCCUCGUUUUAUUAGUUGGAGUUGGGAUUGCCUCCAUAACUGAUCUCCAACUCAACUCUGUUGGCACAAUCCUUUCUCUCCUUGCCAUCGUCACCACUUGUGUUGGCCAAAUUCUGACAAACACCAUACAAAAGAGGUUGAAUGUAUCUUCAACCCAGUUGCUGUACCAAUCAGCUCCAUUUCAGGCAGCCAUUCUUUUUGUCUCUGGUCCUUUGGUUGACCAGUUUCUCACCAAACAAAAUGUGUUUGCCUUCAAAUAUUCCUCUAUUGUCUCGGCAUUUAUCAUCCUCUCAUGCAUAAUAUCAGUAUCAGUAAACUUUAGCACAUUUCUGGUUAUUGGGAAAACAUCCCCAGUGACAUACCAAGUGCUUGGCCACCUCAAGACUUGCCUGGUUCUUACAUUUGGCUACACACUGUUGCAUGACCCGUUCACUGAAAGGAACAUCAUUGGCAUCUUGAUUGCCAUUUUUGGGAUGGUCUUGUAUUCAUAUUUUUGCACCCAAGAGAACAAAAAGAAGCAGGCUGAUCCAUUGGUGUCUCAGAUGAAAGAUAAAGAAGGGGCACCAUUUCUGGGUGUAGAGAAAGAAGGCCAAGAAGAUAAAAAUGCAGACAAGGAUUCUCAUGUCUAAAAACAAAACAGGAUUUUUGUCAUAAAGAACCUUUUGUCUUUUAAGGUGUUCUUUCAAACAGAUUCUUUAAAUAAGUCACUCAUUUUCUAAA